GCCUUUGGGCUGCAUCUCAGGUUUGACUCGGGGAGAAAGAGGGGAUGGGGACAUAAGGGCUGACAAAUUGGAGAGAGGAGACAGCUGGGUGUGGCUGUGGCUGUGGCGAAAGGAGAGGAGGGGCACGGAGGGACUGACAGAUUGGAGAGAGAUGCGAGCUACGGGUGAUCUUGAUGCCGCGUGUUGAUAAUCGUGGCAAGGUAGGGGUGCGAUGGUCGCUUUAGUCUGUAGGGUUUCGAACGGAUUGGGUGGGUUAGGGAGACUUUCAUUUUCCUUUCUUUUCUUUCUGUGAGCUGCAGAGGGACUCGGUGAGACCAUGCCGUCAGGAGAGAGAGCAGGAGGGAGAGAGAGGGAUUUGGUGACAGCCUCAGCUGAUUGAAAGGGUGAUGAGUCGUUUUCAAAUCUUUUGUGCUUUAGGAUUAGGAUUACAAACUCUAUUCAUAUCAUGCAGCUUCAGAUUCGAAAUUGUGAUUUUGGUCAGCAAACCCAGCUCAAGUCCUCUACAAAUCAAACCUCACAAAGGCAAAUUACUAUAUUGCCUAUUUUCCUUUCAAAUCCAACGGGUCGAUGCAGGCUAGAGCUGGUUUGUGAAGGUCUGUGAAUAACAGUUGAAGAAAAAGUUGCAGUUUCGGAAAUGACUGUCAGCAGUCAAGAUGUGAAAAAGAAGUCUUUUAUUCAUAAAAUCUUCACCACAAAGGAGAAAGAAGGAAGCAGCUCUUCGGAUUGCUCAGCACCCCUUCAAGCUCUGGAAGUGUUUGCACAAAUUGGAGCUCAAAAGCGUCAGAUUUUAUGGAACAAAUGGUCUCAGAGAAGCAGAUUACACUGCGCAGUAGCAGCACAGGACCCGGUGGGCCUGGGUUUGCCGCUUGAAGAUGACGUGGUCCUGAUAGUCGGUCACUUCCGCGACAGUUCCGAACAAAGGAUUCGGUUCCCAAGCUCCAACGAUUGUGUCUGUGGCAAAGAGAAUUCAGGAAGAGUGGAAGAUCCAAGAAGGAUUUGCCAGGUGAAUGCAAACGCUGCAAAAUGGACGAAAGCCAGCAUUUCGACUAGCUGCUGCAAUACACAGUUGAGGAGUCAGAUUGGUGGGAAGCAAUUCAGAGGCACGUCAUCUUCUAACUGGGUCAUUGUCUUCUUUCUUCACUUAUGAGUUUUUCGGGUCGAAGGAGUCAUCUGCUUCUUCUGGGAUUUUUGGGUCCCUAUUUGCGCCUUCUUCCAGCAUCGUUUAUUGCAGAUGAAGAUCGUUGUGAAGGUGCCAAUGCACUGUGACAAAUGCAGAAGAAAGGCCAUGAAGAUUGCAGCUCGUGCACAGGGUGCUAGUAAAGUGUCGAUAGAAGGAGCAAACAAAGAUCUUGUGGAGGUGAUCGGGGAUGAUGUAGACUCGGUUUGCUUGACAAGGUCAUUGAGGAAAAAGUUCGGCUGUUCCUGCGACCUAGUCAAAGUUGAAGAAGUGAAGCCGGCAGUUAAAACUGUGGAAAAGCCAACUCCAGCUCCUUCAGCUCCUUCAGCUCCUUCAGCAAGCUGUGCUCAAAACUGUUGCACUCCCCAGUUUCGUCCAAUGUACUGUGAACUGGUUUGUGAAUAUCCAGAACCAACCACUUGCUCCAUAAUGUAAUUGCGUAAGACAUGAAUUAGUUGAACUUGAUUAUGAUCAUUUUCAUUUUCUCUUUUCCCUUGUAGAUGCAUGGAUCUAAAGUUCAUAAGAAAUAUUUUUAUAUCAAUUGCUUCUCUCUUUGAAA